AUGUCAGACACGGCCAUGGACACCAGAUCCGAGAUCACCACCAAGGACUUGAAGGAGAAGAAGGAAGUUGUGGAGGAGGCAGAGAAUGGAAGAGAUACACCUGCUGAUGGUAAUGUUAAUGAGGAAAAUGGGGAGCAGGAGGCUGACAAUGAGGUAGAUGAAGAAGAGGAAGAAGGUGGGGAGGAAGAGGAGGAGGAGAAAGAAGGUGAUGGUGUGGAAAAGGAUGGAGAUGAAGAUGAGGAAGCUGAGGAUCCUAUGGGCAAGCGGGUAGCUGAAGAUGAGGAUGAUGAUGAUGUUGACACCAAGAAGCAGAAGACUGACGAGGAUGGCUGGACAAAGGAAAAGCUAAACUAAGGCCACCGCGACCUAUUCACCCUCCACUUCCUGUCUCAGAAUUUAAACAUGGUCACCUUCCAGUAGAGGAGCAGGCCCUGCCUGCCCACAGCGGGCAGUGCCACCCACAGAUGACAUGUGCUCUUCAUCAAUCCACCAAAACCACAACAUGAAUUUGCAA